CCGCUCCCUGCCGUUGUUGAGUAAACUACAUGGACAUUAGCGGGCGCAGCGGCACCAACCACCGAGCCAGAGUGGAUUAAAACAGUGUGUGUGGACAGCCACUCGAUAAACGGCCGUGUAAUCAAUUGAGGAACCCCGGUGUGUAACCACAAGUCCGCUACACCAGUUUGCAGCGGCGAAACAGCAAAAGAAAGCCUCUUGGUGAACUCAGCAGUGCCGUGCAUUGUGUGUCAGGGGCAGGCAGGGAAAGCUCGGCGGGAAUGGCUUCAUCUCCGUGCGGCAACAGUAACUUUGAUUCCGGUCUGGAAAUCAAAACUCGCUCGGUGGAGCAGACGCUUAUUCCUUUAGUAUCGCAGAUCACCACUCUGAUCAACCAUAAAGACAAGCCAAAGAAGUCAGAGCGCACCCUUGCAGCCAUACACAGGGUGGGUCAGGCGGUGAGCGUGGCUGUGGGACGUUUUGUCGCCGUCGGGGAGGCCAUCGCCACAGAGAACCAAGAGCUAAAGGAUGAGAUGGGUCAAGCCUGCUUUGAGGCACGCAGAGCAGGUGAUGCCAUAGCCCAGCUGACAGAUGUGGGAUCAGCCGUGCCGUCCCAGUUAGACGGACGCGUCACUGUGUUCAGUGAUAGGACAGGGAUGGUGAAGGCUGCCCGCUUGCUUCUCUCCUCAGUCACUAAAGUCCUGGUCUUAGCUGACCGCAUUGUCAUCAAACAAAUAAUCACAUCACGCAACAAGGUCCUGGUUACACUCGACCAUCUGGAAAGAGUCAGCACCUUCCAGGAAUUUGUACAGAUUUUCAGCCAGUUUGGCAAUGAGAUGGUGGAGUUUGCCCAUCUCACCGGAGAUAGACAGAACGACUUGAAGGAUGAGAAGAAGAAAGCACGGAUGGCAGCAGCCAGAGCAGUGCUAGAGAAAUGCACCAUGAUGCUCCUCACAGCCUCCAAGACUUGCCUGAGGCACCCAGAUUGCGAGUCAGCACGGAUCAACAAAGACGCCGUGUUCCACCGAAUGCGUUGUGCCCUGGAGCAGGUCAUCGAGAUAGUCACUGAGGCACGGAGCUGUGGGGAGAACAAGAUCCUUCCUGCCAGCAUCUACAACGGCAUCAAGGACUUCAAGUCCAGCGUGGAGUGCCUGCGGGAGAACCUGUACUCCUUGUCACCACAGAGCAUGGGCAGUCAGCUGGAGGCACUGGUGGAGCGGACAGAGGACUUCACUGAUUCGGCCUACACCAGCCACGAGCAGCGGCAGGCCAUUCUAGGUCUGUGCCAGCUGGCUCGCCAGGACACUCAGCAGCUGGUGCACGCCUGGGUCGAGGCGCAGUCUGCCCAUGCCAAAGAGGCCACAGAGGACAUGGAGGUGGCCAUCCUGAAGACAUGCCAGAGCGUCAAUGACCUCAGACGUGAGCUCCAUAAGGUGGCAGUCGGCCGUGCCUCAGACUUGCUCAAAGUUCACGGGGAGCAGCUGCCUCUACGGGCUCUUAAAGCCGCAGGCGCUGAGGGAAACCUGGAGGCAGUUGCGGAGUAUUCACGCAAGCUCACCGAGCAGAAGGAGCAGCUGGUGGAGACGUGCCGACUGCUGGGCCACGUGUCAGGCACAGAGCCUCUGGAGAUUACCUGUGUACAUGCUGAGGAGACCUUCCAUGUCAUUGGUCCACAGAUCAUCUCAGCAGCCCAGACGCUGGCCCUCCACCCAUCCAGUAAGAUCGCUAAGGAGAACCUGGAGGUGUUCUGCGAGGCCUGGGAGUCACAGCUCUGUGACAUGGCCCUACUGCUGAGAGAGAUCAAUGACUUCUUUGAAGGCAGGCGAGGAGACAAAAGACCUUAUUUGUCACUUCCUAGACCUGGGAAACACUCACUCACUAACUUGAAGACUGCCAAGGCUGUCAAGUUGGAUGCAGAGGAGCAGACUAGCAUGGCCAAGCUGGGUCUGGAGCUUCGCCUGCUCUCGUCAGAUGUGGACACAGAGGUGGAGAAAUGGGAGGAACAAGAGAACGACAUUGUCCGGCAGAGCCAGAGCCUGGCCAGCAUGGCCUACAACAUGCACCUGUUCACCAGAGGGGAGGGGCUGCUGAAAACAACACUAGAUCUUUUUCAUCAAGCUGAGGUUUUCUCUGAAGAGUGCCUCCAGCUGUGCUCAUCUCUCCGCACUUUUUGCACCCAGCUGGUUGAUGAGGAAAAGUCUGUGCUGAUGACAGAGAUGGAGAAACUGGUGGCAUUAUGCCAACAGCUGCAGAUGGGGUCCAAGACUCCUGUACAGGGCAAGACUGCCACCUUCCAAAAGGUGGACUCAUCCAUUCAGACAACCAGAAACAUCUUGACUGUGGUCGUCUCUCUCCUCCCAUUCUGUAACAAGCUCAACAGAAAGUACAAGUCAGAGAGGAGUAGCCUGGGUUCCCCGCAGGACUGGAGAGAGAGGCAAGAUGGAUCCACACCUGUCAAAGAGGAAGGAGCUCUUAACAGCAAGAACAGCAACGGCUUUGGUGUCAAGUCCUUGGAGCAGCACAUGGCCGGUCUCAACCUCCUUGAGAGCAAAUAAUCCCAGAAAUAGUUGCCUCCUUUGUCCAUUAUUCUCCCUUGGAGCAGCACAUGGUCAACCUCACCUUUCUGGAAGAUAUGUAAUCCAGGAAAUACUUCAUUCCCCUCAUUCUCAUGCACCCACCACCAGAUCUGUGGGGUGAAGAUAGUUUCCUGGGUCGGUCAGAGUUUGUAUUUGCUGUCUGGAUGAUGAAUUGAAAGUUUACAGAGAUAGAAGCAGAUCCAAGCUCUAAGUGCCCAGGGGCAGUUUUACCCCCAGGGUAGCGCUGCACAUUUUUCCGCACCAGUUCCACCCCAGUCCACAAGAUGGAGACAAUCAGCCAACACUAUGACUUUACCAUUUUAAGUGAGCCUAUUUAAUUAAAGAGGGGCCUGACACACACCUGCUUUUGGAGUCAGUUGUAUCACUUCUCUGGAUAUUGAGUUGAUAAACUGAUCAGAAAUCAGGAAAGAACCCCUCUUGAUGCUCAGCCAUACAUCUCUCUUCAGUAUGUGCCUCUGUGUGACAAGCCUAUUUGUUUUGUGGUGUACUGUAAACGUGUUGCACAUGUUAGCCAAAUGGAGGGCACAGUGAAAUGGCUAACAACCCACCAUGCAUGAUGCCAUCAUCACCAAACCCUUGUAUUUGUUUGUGGUCAAUGUGUCAUACGUUUGUUAACACUUGUUCUGUAAUGUUAACCAUAGUGGUACAUUCUGUCCUUGAUCACUGCCAUUGCAGUUAGCAUCUCACUGGGAUAAAUAAGUAUUUUAAAAGUCAGCCAUGCCAUAUGAUUAAUGUCUAAUUUCCAUACAGUUUGCUAUGGAAUAAUCCCCAUGUGCCAUGUUAGUAACAAAAUGCAAAAAUCACAAUUUAAUGCCAAAUAUGAUUGUUCUCAUGAAGACGCUCUGAUCUUCAGCUUGCUUCUUGUAUUAAAUAUAAAGCUCUUAGUCCUCCUGUGUACAUCACUGGAGAUUUUUUAUUCCGGCCUGGUUUCUCCAAAAACUCGGAAGAUAAACAUAAAGUGUAUCACUAAGAUGCUUUUGGGAUGUCAAGACCUUACUUUAUACUGUCCUGGUGAUUAUUAAAUCAUAUUAUAUGUAUACUGUUAAACAUUUUUUCUCACAUAUGAUAUGAAAGAUAUUUCUGAACUGGCACCUGUGUCAAAUGGAGCCUUGAAGUGUACUUGUUAUGAAGACAUCAUUGUGAAGCUGCCUAGUUGGCCAAUAUGUAUUAAAUGGUAUAUGGUAUGUAUAAAAAUGGUACGUAUGUGUGUAUACGUACACACACACGCACAUUAUAUAUAUAUAUAUAUAUAUAUACAUAUAUAUACACACACACACACACACACACACACACACACACACUUUAAGUAUCCUCAGAUAAUGACUUUGGUACUAGGUGAGGGUGUGAUAGUGACUGAAAUGAAUAACAUACAUUCAGCUUUAGAGAUGCUUUGUACAGUGUAAGAGCAGCUAAGGAUGCUGGGUAUUGUAGUGGCGCUACAGAUGUGAAGAAAUCAUAGAUCUAGUUUUGGACCAUCUAUUCUUUUGAAAAUUGAAAGGUUAAUAAAGGUGAUGCAUAAGAAAUAAACAAUAUUUUUC